AUGUCCAUACGGAAGAAACUGCGGCUUUUGUUUGAGGAGUCCCAGGUGGGCGGCACAAUCACGGUAGAGCGGGCAGGACCCUGGAUGCGGCCUGGCUGCCAAGGCCAAAAAAGCGCAACGAAGCGGGAGAGCCAUGGGGAGCGAGUCCCAGGCAUUUGGGGACUCAGGCUGGAGGACGGUGUGGUCUAUCAGUGCCGACGCUGCCGGGUCGUAUUAGGAGACUCUCUCCACUUGUGCGCGCAGGAGGAGAAACUCCGGCUUUUUGUUUGCUUCAAGGUCACAAAAGAUGUUGUGGAAGACAAUUUGAUGGUCUGUGUUGAAAGAGACCUCAUUGGUUGCACCUACAACACAUUGUGUUGUCAGUCCUGUGAACUAGACAUUGGCUUUAUUCUCUAUAGUUCAAAGUCACUGGCUUACCUGCCUGGCCUCUUCUGCCUUUUUAAGAACAACAUCACAUGUUACUUGCUACAAACUACCGCUACAGUAGAAGCUUCAAAAGUAACCUGUCCUGUUGUGAGCCUAAAGGAACAUGUAGAAAAAUUAAAAGAGAAUCUUGUACAAGUUCAUGUACGCAUGGAAUUGCUAAUUAAGAAACUAGAAGAAUUCAGUCAAAGGAUUACAUCCGAGAAGGAGAUCUGUAAAGGAAGACUGUAUGGACACACAAAUAGAAAGUUGAACAGUUAACUUUUUAGAGUUGCCUAUCUCAACUAAUUGUUUUUAUGUGUGUAAUUGAAAAUGUAAAUUAAUAUUGCUUUAGACUGGCAAAUUUUUGAUACAAAUUUGUUUUCUUUUCUAUCAUGCUCAAGGGCAUAUAGUGUUUGAGCAUGAACAGCUAUCCCAAAUCAUUUAACUCCUACAUGUAAAUAUUUCUAUAUAUUCUCUAACAAAAAUCUUUAAACAUUGCACAACUGUCAUAAGAUUGCAUUGUGAACAUAUUGGA